AUGUGUGCUGUGUCUACUCUGCUAGGGUUGGCGUCAGCAUUGCUGCUGGUGGUGCAGCCCGGCGCGUGCGACGAGUACGUCACCACGGAGCGCUGCAAACUGAACCCCUUAUUUUAUCGAGUCCGGAGAUACCCCACCGACGACGCCACCGGCUUAAUAAUAGGCCAUUGCGGAUUAACCGAGUUAGACCCCAUCGACAUAGCUAAUCUGACGCGACUGGAGAUGUUGUAUAUAGACGACAACGCCAUUGAUUACAUAGACCCCGAUAUAUUCCAUUCUUUGCCAACAUUAAAAACUCUGAGAAUUAGUGUUAAUAAGUUACGCGAGCUGCCGAUCUUCCCCGUGAACUCCUGUCCCCGCUUGUUCAACUUAGACUUGAGCGAGAACCAGCUCACGGGAAUAAACGACCCGAGGACGUUUGCGGCAUGCACAAGGUUAUCGACGCUUGACUUGACAUCUAAUAAAAUAUCGUACAUCCACCCAGACGUAUUUCACUCCUUAACUAGUUUGACAUGUUUAGAGUUAGGUAACAACAAACUGACAUUUAUUCCGGAGAACAUGUUUACUCGGAACCCGCUUGAAACUCUACAUCUUUAUGAGAACAGCUUAACUCAUUUACCGCAUGAUUUCGUUGGCAGUAUUAACCGUCGCAACAACGGGUUUCAUUUUUUUUACUUCUAUGAUAACCCCUGGCACUGCGCUUGUCUGUUAGAGCUGCUGGCCGACAUGCGCAGAGCGAACUUUUACUAUACAAAUGCAGUAUAUGAGUAUGACGGCAAAGUGCCGAAGUGUGUGUACAGCGGCCCGUAUCCGUGCAACCGCUCGCGCCCCACUGGGCUGUUGCGUUUGUAG